GCCAGAUGGCGGUGAAAAAUACAGAUGACAGCGAAUUGUUUUGUUUCGGCGUGGCGAGCAAAUUUAAUGAGUUUUUACUGGAAUUUAUAGACAAUUUCACUUGAUGUGGACGCGUUGUGAAUAAAAACGAAAAACAUACAAUCAUGAGCCUGUCAGUUUCUGGAGAAAUCGUUGAACUCGAGGAUGAAUCAAGGGAAAAGCAGGAGGAACUGGAAGCAUUGGAGAAUGACACUUGUUGCCGCCUGUGCUUGCAUAACACGCAAGCGGAAAUGUAUCCCUUUCAGGACAUGACGUACAACAAUAUUCCGUUCUGCAAUUUAUUCUUCCAGAUCGUCGGAAUCACUUUCACCGACUAUCCGGAAAUGUCAGCAAAUAUUUGCAUUUAUUGCGCAAAUCAUUUGACAGAGGCGUUCAAGUUCCGCGAGAAGUGUCUGAGAACCGAGGAGAAAUUGAAGGAUUUGUUGAAGAAAGAGGAAGUCAAGGAAGCUUCUAUUGAAUUCAUACCAACGCAGGGAAUUCAGGAACGUCUGGAAUUAGUGAAAAAGGAAAUGAAUGAGGCUGUUGAAGGAAAAUCAGUUGAAUUCCCCGAAUUGCCUAUCGAUUUCACAGGCGAGUCGACAGCGAAAGACAGGGAGAAAUCGAAGAAGAUUGUUUACAAGUUCUCCAGAAGUGAGUUGAAGAAGUUGGAAUUGAAGAAAAUCCAAUGCAGCAAAUGCGAAGAAAAAUUCAAAGGCAUCGAGCUGUUCAAGAAGCACGCCUGCAAUGCCAAGAGCCGAAAGAGUCAAGAAAAGUCUGCCCAAAAGAAAGAUCGAGAUAAAAGAAAAAUCGAGAUUGAGCUAAAGACACUCAUUCCUCCUAAGGAAGUGUUUCCUUGUGCAGAAUGCGGACACAAAGCCUCAAGUCGACAAGCCUACGUGAAGCACAUGAACAGAAAGCACUGGGACAUUAAGCCUGAUUGCUCUACUCGCCCCGUUUAUGGUUGCCAUCUCUGUGGCAAGAAGUUCGAUUCGCAAUAUCACAUACAAAAACACGUUUACAAAAUUCACCUUAAGAAACAUCCCAUUGAAUGUGCGGUCUGCGAAAAGGGCUUCUACACCAGAAACGGCCUCACGAGGCACAUGGAUGCUUAUCAUUUGAACCUGACUUUUCAGUGCGACGUGUGUGGAAAGACGUUCAAAUCCAAUGCUCGAUUGAGCGAUCAUGUGAAAACUCACAGUGGAAAAAAGACAUGCGAACUUUGCGGAAAGACAUUGACGAGCAUUCUCGGGCUGGCGCAACACAUGAAGGUUCACAGGGAGAAGGAAUACAUGUGUCCGGUGUGCUUGAAGGAAUUCGCACACAAUUUCGCCAUGAGGACACACGUGAAGAAAUUUCAUCCCGACGACGAGCAUUUGCUGCCGCCCAAAGGAACAAUCAUCAAUCGGGGAUUUUUGAAGAAAGUGAAAGAACGAGAACAGCUGCCCUCACAAGACAUGGAAGAGUGGACAGUUUGUCGUUUAUGUCUAAAAUCCAGUUCGGAUGCGAUGAAAUCCAUUCCGGAUCUGACUUACAACAUGAUCCCAUUCUUCAACAUCUACUUUGAGCUCAUCGGCGUGACUUUCACGGAUUAUGCGGCAUUUCCUGGCAGAAUUUGCCAUCUCUGUGAGAAGAAUAUGAUCAUGGCAUACAAAUUUCGAGAAAAGUGUUUGGAAACUGAAGAGAAACUCAAGGAAUUUCUCUGUGAAGGAUCAGAAAUAUCCAGUACAGAGUUUAUCGUCACACUUGCGGCCUCAAAAGAGGACAUCAGCAAGGAUUUACAAGACACAUCUGCAAAUCAAUUGGCAGAGAUAAAGACAGAAGAGGAAUCUGCAGUGGCGGAAGCCUCUGAUGGUCAGGAGUUUGUGGUGGAAGAAACAGAAGCGGAAGAGCAGCAUUUGCAAGUUAUCGAAUGCAAGUAUUGCAAGAAACUAUUCAAGAAUAUCAAGAUGUUCGGAAAGCACGUCUGUCGCCUGUCAGACAUGCUCCAGAAGAGCAGGAAACAGAAGUCAACGCCUGCCAGGAAGAUCUACGAAUGCACAAAAUGCCAGCAAACCUACAAUUGCCGGAGUGCUUGGAUGAUUCACAUGGAUAGGCACAAUAAUUUCCUCCGGUACGCUUGCGAUCAGUGCGACAAGAAGUUCUCAAAUUGGCUCCAGAGGCGAAAUCACGUCUACAGAGUGCAUCUGAAGAGGAAAUUCUGCGAAUGCUCUCACUGUGGCAAGGGAUUCUACAAGAAGCACGACUUGACGGUCCACAUGAAUGCCGUUCACCUGAAAACGGCGGCUUUUCAGUGUGACACCUGCGGGAAAACCUACCAUCAUCCCAAGAACUUCCGCAAUCACGUGAAGAGCCACAAUCCGGCGACGGUGAAGUGCAGUGUGUGCGGGAAAGUGCUGAAGAAUGAGAAGACUCUGGUGCAGCACUCAAGAGUGCACAGCGCCAAGAAGAACUACGUCUGUCCGGUGUGCAGUGAAGCCUUCACGUGGAAUGCCACGCUCAAGUCGCACGUGAGGCGGCUUCAUCCGGACAAAGUGCACCUCCUGCCGCCUGACGGAACCAUCGUCAAUAGGACUUUCCUGAGAAAACUCGCAGAAGAAAGUGAAUAAAGUUUCGGGAAUGAUCACAAUAGCUGUUGA